AUGAAAGCCGAGGAAUCUCGGGGCCAAAGCCCUGUCUCAGACCAAGGGUUAUGGGAAUAUGCAGUUUCUUCCAUCUUCACCGGAGCUCAAAGGAAGUUUAGAGAAGCAUUGGUCAUCCCAGGCCUUCGGCCUCCGGGACCUAGGAUUCAUUUUGUACCCAAGGAUGUCUGGAAGGCCAUAAAGGAGGAUCUUUCCACGGAAUGCAACCCUUGCUACGAGUAUCGGGAAGAGCCUUGGAGAGCAGUUUUUGUUACGUUUGUGAUAGAUGAGCUUGUCCCUAACACCAAUGCCCCAGAGACCGGAAGAAGCAUGGUUGUCAAGGUUGGAUGGAUACUUUCCAUACUCCAGUCUCUUGUUAGCCUCAACGACUUUAGGUCUUACGAACGGCCUUGCCGUACAGGAGGAAUGGGGAAGUCUAGAAAGAUAGUAAAUGUCCUCUCCAGUUCGACAGAUAGAGUGUUUGAUGUGGUGCUGGAAAUAAUGGGCUUCGAGGUUGGGCUGGACGAGUUUAUGAGCCUGUACAGAAUUAUGGCGCUGGACGGGAGGGUGAUCCAUCCCUUAGUGAAACUUGAAGGCUUUGGAGAUGGAAGUGUACUCCGGAUCUCAAGGAUUGUAAGGAUGCCUGACGGAAGGGCUCUGUCUGCCGACAGCCACAUGAAGAACAUAGCCCGGGGACUUAAGAAUCAAGGGAAUACGUGUUUUAUGAAUAGCGGGCUUCAAUGCCUGACAAAUUGCUGGAAGCUCACGGAGUAUUUCAUGAGCAAGGAGUAUGAAAAACAUUUGGACGAGACAAAGCCUAUUCAUGUAUCUCUGGCCAAUGCAUACUAUGAUCUUAUCUCGGAGAUGUACAAUGGAGAUCAACAGUCCAUUGUGCCAUCUGGGAUCCGUGCAAGCCUGGGAUCGGUUUAUGAGGAAUACAAGGGAAAUGAAGAGCAGGAUGCAGCGGAAUUUAUCGGAAAGACACUAGACAUGCUUCAUGAGGGUCUUUCAAAGGGAUAUGGGGACAGCGAGAAGAAAGAAAGCUGGAAGCGGUCGAUUGUCACCGACCUGUUUUUCUUCUCUCAGAAAUCGACGUUGACAUGCAAGGAGUGCGGAAGAAGCAAGACAUCUGUCGAGCCCUCGAUGUGUCUUUCUUUGCCUAUUCCAUACCAAAGGGAAUACAAAGAGAACAUUGUGUUGUUCUAUGAGUCUGGCAGGAGACAGCCUUUAAGAACGUAUGCAGACGUGUCUUCCAGCAUUGGAGAUCUUAAGAGGAUACUGAGAGCAGACUAUGAUGUGGCUGGAAAGGUUACGUGCAUAUGGUAUGGCGCAGGACGGAGGAUGUUUGAACUUGGAGAUGACGUUAUUCUGAAGGAUGUUCCGCAGACCUUGUUCUGCUACGAGUACUUUGAGGAUAAGAAAUACUGCUGGGUCCAUCUGAAGACUAAGAAACUGUUUAUAGACAGGUCAUUUAAGUUCAACAUAUUGAUCCGAGCCUUUGGAAGUAAUGAAUCGCUAAUAUUCUUGGAGAUGAAGAAGACGAUAGCCCAUCUUGUUGAAAGGGAAGCACAGUGCAUUCUGGAACGGGAGGACAUUUCCCCAUACUUCAAGCUAGAAAUAGCGGCGUGGGAUUAUGGGGAGAAAACAAUCGACUCUCCUGUUGUGGUGGCGAUAAGUAGAUCCCACGGGGGGAAAAGGCUGUUUGGGGCUUCCUGGAACCCUCUGGACACGAUUCGGGCGAUAGAUGCACCAUCCAUUACCCUUCAACACUGCUUAGACAAGUUUCUGGAGAAGGAAGAUCUUCAUCCCUCGGAGCUCUUACAUUGCGAGGGGUGUGGCAGAAAGAGAAGGUUCAGUAAGAAGAUGGACUUGGAGUGUCUCCCUGUGUAUCUGAUAGUCCAGCUGAAGAGGUUCCAGUAUGUCAACUCCUUUCCCGUAAAGAUCUCAACUCUGGUUGGAUAUUCCCUGGAUAGAUUUUCCAUUUGUGGAACGGAAUACAAAGUCAUAGGAGUGUGCAACCAUGACUCGGAUACAGUCACAUCUAGUGGACAUUAUGUAAGCUAUCUUCGAAAGGACGGAUGGUACCUUUGCAACGACCAGAAGAUUGAGAAGGUCUCGAAAAUAGACCAGGAAUACACAUAUGUUCUCUUUCUUGAAAGAUGUGUCUAG